AUGCUUCAAUGGAUUCGUAUGAAGGUCGUUAAACUUGGAUUUGAUGUUGUUAUCGGAAGGUCCGAUAAUGAUUCAGAUAGAAGAUGUGCUUUUGUGACAAUGACAUGCGAAAGAAGCGGGAAAUAUAUAACUCCUCUAUGGAAUUUUAAAAGAGAUGACACUGGUUCAAGAAAAUGCGAGUGUUCGUUUAAGGUGCGUGGUUACAUGUUGGCAAACAAAAAUUGGAGAUUUAAUGUGAUAUGUGGUUUGCAUAACCAUGAUUUGUGUGAAAAAUUAGCCGACCAUCCUAGUGUGCGUUGGCUUAUACCAGAAGAGAAGGAAUGCGUUGCUCACAUGACAUUGAACCUGGUUCAACCGAAAAAUAUAAUUGUAACAUUGAAACGGAAAAGGCCUGAAAAUAUAUCAAAUAUUAAGCAAGUGUAUAAUAUUCGGUACCGAACCUGCGAGAAUGGAGUUAUUGUUAGAGAUAUAUUUUGGACUCAUCCUGAUUCCAUAAAAUUGUUCAACACGUUUUCUACUGUGCUCAUAUUUGAUUCAACCUACAAGACCAACAAGCACAAACUUCGAUUAUUAGAGAUGGUUGGUGUUACCUCAAUUGAGAAGACACUGUAUCACAUAACACAGAAUAUGAGAAGUUGGGUUAAACCCGCGGUAAGGACGAAACAAAUAGAGCCUGGAGAUGGAAAAUUGGUGAAAGCGGGUGUGGUUGUUGAAAAAAUAAUGGAUGCAUGGAAUCGUAUAAUAAAUUCUUCCAUAAAAGAACUAUAUGUCGAUUCCGUUAUGCAUUUCAGGAAAGUGUGUGAAAAGUAUCAUGAUUUGUCAAAAUAUGUUGAAAGAACAAUUCUUGACCAGGUGAAGGAGAAAAUUGUUUAUGCAUAG